CUUGCCGUGUAAUUGUUGGUAUUUUGAGUAUGUGUUUUUACAUAUGACAAGUAAACAAUGAAGCAGCAGCAGCAACAGCAGCAGCAGCAACGACCGCAACGACAGGUAAUGUUCACGCCAGACCACCACGCUGUCUUCAGCACCUGCUUUCUGCACCACGACUGUUUCGGCUUUGACAAACCUCUCGCCGGCCCCGACAAGCAAAGCAUUUUCAGAUCGACGAGGUACAUCAAGCUUGCGGCUGACUAUGGCUAUCGGGCCACGCUUGACUCGACGUUCUUUCAGAAAAGUGAUGUCAGAAGGCAGAUUCACUAUGUCGUGCGGGCGAUCAGCGCUUGCACUGCGCUCGAGGAUCUUGGAGACCAUAGACGGGCAUACAAGCAUGCGCUCGAGGUCAUCCACGCUUACAGCACCGAGCCAUACGCGUAUCUGAUUGCAGAAAUUGUUUUGCGACAAUGGGGAAGACUUGACGACGCGAUGGAGAUGCGGCGGAUAGCUGCUACUCUCGAUAUGCAGACCUCUGUGCUAAAAGAUGAACGAUUCGUGAAUGAGAAAUUCGUGCUAAAAGUCCACAGUCGACUAUUUGAGACACACAACACGAAGCAGAUGAACAGGAGAGCAAAAGCCGUCGCGAGCCGUGCAUUCACCUUUUUCCACGCCUCCGCAUCCACAGCCGUGCGCGUCGUCAAACGUAAUUCCUUCUCUGGCGAGGACCGGCAAAAGCCGCUUUUGAUCGACAAGCCGUCGCUGAUCGAUCCCAUCGCGCAUCUGCCUAGCGAGAUCGGCGAGCUUAUACUCUCGUACGUUGAUUUUCGGCAGCGGUACGCGCUCCAGCGCGUCAGUAAGCUUUGGCAGCGAGCGAUUGAGAGGUCGUGGUGGCUUUGUCGAUCGAUUGAUUUCCGGGGCUGUUAUUGUGUUCCCGGACGGGUUGUUUUGGAAGCGAUUGCUAAAAACAAGGGAGCGGUGGUUGAGCUGCAUUUGGAGAACAUUGUCGUCACUGACGUUGAGCACAUCGCGUAUUCGGUCUUCCACGACGACUACGAGAGUAGGUUCUACACAGAGAACGAAGAACGAGGGAUCGUUAUAAACUCUGAAAGAGGCGUCAAUCUGAACUCGCUGGCAAAGCCAGACUAUGACAGUCUGCGGAACUUGAAGGUGCUCACGAUGGACUAUCCGUUCGGGAUGAUCUCACCGUUUAUUUAUAAUGCCCCAGAUCCGGGACUGCAUUUCCGUCAUCUGGCCAGUCAAUUGACCGAACUGCAAAUCAGCGCGACAAACAGUUCUCCUGUCGUGUGGUUUUUCAGUCACGGCAAUCUACCCAACCUACGCGUCUUUAAGAUUUUAUCUCCGCAUACGGUGAAGAGUCUCAAGAGUGAGGAUCUGUAUAACCCUUCCAGUCACGACAAUCGCGCGGACGAGAAAGUGACGAGUACGCAACUGCGAGUGUUUGAAAUCGGCGCUCCUCUACCCGAUAACGACGCGGAAGCGCGAGACUUGUUUGAAUUCAACAGCUCCAUCAAGCGUCUUCAACUGUCUCAGGCCGAUUUGAUUAGUUUUCUUGAUCUGGUGCCGAACUUGGAGGAAUUGAGAGUCAGGAUGUGCGAGGUUACUGAUUCUGCCUAUCGACCUCAAGCCGAGCCGAGACAAGGUGAUGAUGAAGGAGAGGGAGACGGGGAAGCUGCUUUCCAAGGAAUAGCAGAACGCGCGCGCGCUUAUUUUCCAAGUCUCCCCAAUCUGCAAGUUUUUGAUUUCAGCUGGUCGCGAUUCGGACCGCCGAUAGCACCCCCGCCGCAGUGCAGGGUCCUAAACCUGAACUGCUCUUCAGGGCUGCGGGAUGAUCCCGAGUUUACGCUCGAGCGGAUGAUUGCUUCUCGGACGUUUGAGUUGCUUCCAAGUCAGGGUCUUCGCAGUCUGACGAAUAUUGGCUUAGCGUGCGAGCAACGACGCGAGUCUGCAGAGGAAAUGCUGUUGGUGCUCGGGCGCGUGCUCGGUAGUAGUGCUGUGCUUGUUGAAGGAAUCAAUUUGAACGGCAAUCGGCAGAUAGACUACCGCUCGCUCAACAAGGAAGCUACCGACGGGUCGAAAAAGUCGUUACUCCGGCUUCAAAACAGACGUCGGAAAUUGAAAAACAACUCCUCAGAGAGCCUUGAGGAGGGGUGUUUUCUAUCAGACAUGGCUGAGCUUUUUCCGGAACUGAAGAGCCUUGCGAUCGGCCACAACAAGACGUUGGGAGACAAGGAAGUGAUGAGUGUGCGCCUUUUCUCUAAACUUCAGUUUUUAGAUAUAUGCUGUAGCAGCGUGACCGUGCAGGGCUUGGUAUCCCUUUUAUUCGGCAAGAAAGUAGCAACCCUGAUAUCCAGCGACGGCUCCGCGCCGCCUGCUGCAUUCAGCAGCGCGAUCGCGGACGCGAUCAAGGCCGGCGAGAAGUUAGGCGAGAUUGAGACGGUGUGGGUGCGAGGCUGUGUGAAGAUUCCGAUCUGGCUGCGCGAGACGGUGAAGAGGUUUGAGAUCGAUCUGGUGGACGAUAAGUACGUGAGCCAGCAGUACGGAUAUCCGCUAUUCGACGCGGACGGCGGCGGCUGUGUCCGAGCCGACGUGCCUGGGUGGUCUGCUUACACCCCUAAGGAUGACUGAGGUUGAUUGCUCAUUCUGAUUAUUGCGCUGUGCUCAGGCGUGCCGGUGAGGAUGGUGCUUGAAGGCUGACGGAAUAACUUUUCGCACGGACUCUCAUGUCUCAAGAUUUGCCUAAUCGAGGGUAAGAUGCGAGCGUGCGGCUCACUGCUGGGAGGAAACGAAUGAUUUGUGACGUGGGGUAAUUUUCUGUGUUAUUCUCAGCGUAGAUUUGUGCUUUUUUGUUGUAGAAUUGAACGAGAUGUUUGUUAUCAGCUGCUGAGUAGAAUGAUUGAAAAUAAAAUAAAUAUGAGGAUGAGAGCAGGGAACAGGCGAUUAAGUUCCUCGCUAAACCUUCGCGAAUGUCCCGAGGCGGUCUAUCGGCACACGCAAAAGUCAAUCAGCGGAGAAAUAUAAUCACCAUCCCCUCCC